AUGUCAACGGGAAAGAGCCUUUUCUACUUCCAAAAAUUUGUGAUAAUGGAUAGGGUCAGUGUUGGCAUGCAUGUUGACAUCCGCCGAUCGGACGGCCGUGUUCACAAUGCUGUUAUCAGUGAAGUACGGAAGGAGUCGCAGUCUGUAACCGUUGAAUGGUUUGAAAAUGGGGAAACAAAAGGAAAAGAAGUUGAUCUUAAUACUCUUCUUGCUAUCAAUCCUACUCUUGCCACACAUCCGUCAACCUCUUUAUAUGGACUUAACAGUGAGGAAGUAACUGUCCCUAUAAAUAAGGUGCAGUUACGGCAGCCGUUUGUGAAUGGAUCGUGUGGUAAUAGACGUAGUAUGUACGUUACACAUCCGACGGAUACUACUUCAAUUUCAAGUGAUAAUGGAAACGGGUUAGUGUCUCGUGCUUCUCAUAUGAAUGGUUUGACGAGACAAACGCGGUCAAGUCAUUUGCUUGUUAAACCACAGCAGCAGAAGCAACGAUUUACUUUGGAUCCCCAUAUUGCGGAUCAGAAUGAAAUUGUCGAUGAAACACUUCGAGUUGAGCCUUCAAAACCUGCUGUACAGCCAGCUUCGAAAAGCACGACAGUACAGGAAAUCGAGCGGCUACAGAAAAAUAGAGAGGAAAGGCGAGCUCAACAGGAAGAAGCUAAGAAGCAAAAAGAGCAGAUGAAGAAUAUAGAUCCAGGCAAUCCUAACUGGCAGUUUCUUUCGAUGAUUCGUGAUUACCAAUCUCGAUUAGACUUCCGUCCACUAAAAAUUACUGAUCAGGUAGCUGAUAAAAAAAUAUGUGUUUGCGUCCGAAAACGACCCUUGAAUCGCGGGGAAAUUAAAAAGAGAGAAAUCGAGGUUAUCACCAUUCCAAAUCGUGACCAUGUUAUUGUUUUGCAACCACAAGUCAAAGUCGAUUUGACAAAAUACCUAGAAGACCAGAAAUUUCGAUUCGAUUAUGCUUUUGAUGAGAAUGCGAGUAACGAGAUGGUAUAUCGUUUUACAGCCCAACCGCUCGUCAAAACUGUAUUUGAAAAGGGUUUUGCCACCUGUUUUGCAUAUGGACAAACCGGUUCCGGAAAAACUCAUACUAUGGGUGGAACAUUUUCUGGGAAAGCACAGGAUUGCUCAAAGGGUAUCUAUGCGCUGACUGCAAGGGAUGUGUUCAAAAUGUUGAAUAAGGAGUAUCGGAAAGAACGGUUGGAUGUUUAUUGUAGCUUCUUUGAAAUAUAUGGUGGGAAAGUGUUUGACUUAUUAGACAAUAAAACGAUGUUACGAGUAUAUGAAGAUGGUAAAAAGGAAGUGCAGGUUGUCGGUUUGCAAGAGGUGCAAGUAUCUAGUGAAUGCGAUGUUCUUGAUUUAAUUAAAAAAGGAACUGACGUAAGAACUGCUGGAACGACUUCGGCAAAUUCAAAUUCGUCGAGAUCCCACGCUGUUUUCCAAAUAAUCCUACGUAAAAAGGCUGCUAAGGAUGCAGCAGGCCGUGUGUGGGGGAAGUUCUCUUUAAUUGAUUUGGCCGGCAAUGAACGUGGCGUAGAUACUAUAAGCUCAGACAAACAGACCAGGCUGGAAGGUGCGGAGAUCAACAAGUCUUUGUUGGCUUUGAAGGAAUGUAUUAGAGCGAUGGGAAGGAAUUCAGCUCAUGUCCCCUUUCGAGCUUCGAAGCUGACGCUUGUUUUACGAGAUAGUUUUAUUGGCUCGAAUGCGAGAACAUGCAUGAUCGCAAUGAUUAGCCCUGGGAUGGGGUCCUGUGAGCACACAUUGAACACUCUUCGUUAUGCGGACCGGUCGGUUUAUUUUAUUGCAUGGGUUUUGAAAUUUGCUAUUAAAUGUAUCAGUUGUGGUAUGGGGAAAACUGGAGCUCUGGUUGUGAAGGAAUUAGGGGCAGAAGACGGUUCUAAUCCUCCUAUGGAUGACGAUGAGUUAAUGUUGAGCAACGAUGAAGAUGAUUUCGAUGUUGUUCAAAGGAGAAAUGAUGUAAAUGACGGUGAUUAUAAGGUUCGCAGGACAACAGUGAACAGUAUUGUUAGAAAUGAAGAAUUUGUUGUGGAUGACUUUAGGUCGUUGGUUGAGGAUUAUGAUAAGUGGAAGGUUGAAGCAGCUUCACUUUUAAAGUAUACUUCUAUGAUAGGAUACGAUAUGGAUGCUUUUGUUGAUGGAGCAAUGGACCUUGUUGCUUCACAAAGGGAUAAAUUAGACAAUUUAUAUUGUAAGUUUGAGCAGCUGCGGCAAGAGCGACACUGA